CCUUCUUGGAAGGCUGUCCCAGGAUUCACUUGAAGAGGGGAGUUGAGGAUGGUGAGGAGUCAGAAGAAAGCGGGCUGCGAUUGUUAGAAGAAGACAGGGACUAGUGAAUGCAUUUACAGAGAGCGCGUUUUCUGAAAAGUAUUAUUUUAGACUAUUAUGACUACUCCUCCUCAGGACUCCAGAAGACUCGCCAGCCGCUUGUAGAUGGUUUAACACGCAGUAAACUCACUGCGAUAGCUUGUCACAAGACUUUUUAUUCCCUUUUUGUUUGAAGCACGUAACACGUUUUUUUUUUAAAUGCAACGCUGUUUGAUAUAUGAGAAAACUAUGGCAGCGGAGACGAGGAACGGCGGGAGUUCACUGAACAACACCGGCAAAGACCACAGCCGGAGGAAGCUGCUGGUCGGAGUGGACCUCUUCUGCCUGUUCCUCGCCGGGCUGCCUUUCUUGGUCAUUGAGACCAGUGCUGUUCAGCCUUACCAUAGAGGGUUUUACUGCGAUGAUGAGUCCAUCAUGUACCCGGCCAAACAUGGAGACACCAUUAGCGACGGUGUGCUUAGCGCUGCUGGCAUUCUAAUCACCAUCCUCUCUAUCAUCAUUGGGGAGAGCUACAGGAUCUACUUUCUGAACGAGGGAUCCAAGUCCUUUGUGGGGAACCCCUACAUAUCUGCGCUAUACAAGCAAGUGGGCGUGUUCGUCUUCGGCUGCGCCAUCAGCCAGUCCUUCACUGACAUUGCCAAAGUGUCAGUGGGUCGCAUGCGCCCUCACUUCCUGGACGUGUGCAAGCCAGACUUCUCCACCAUCAACUGCUCCCUGGGCUACAUCACCGACUACCAGUGUCAGGGGCCCGAGAGCAAAGUGCAGGAGGCCAGGAAAUCCUUCUUCUCUGGACAUGCGUCAUUCUCCAUGUACACCAUGCUCUACCUGGUGUUUUACCUGCAGUCUCGCUUCACUUGGCCCGGAGCUCGCCUGCUGCGCCCGCUGACCCAGUUCACCCUCGUCAUGAUGUCGUUCUACACGGGCCUGUCCCGCGUCUCUGACCACAAGCACCACCCCACUGAUGUGCUGGCGGGUUUUGUGCAAGGAGCCCUGGUGGCCUACUGCAUAGUAUUCUUUGUGUCUGAUUUGUUCAAGUUCAAAGGUAGACGUUCUACCCUUUCGCCGGCCCCAGUGAAGAAAGAUCUUGUUCCUCAGGCCGACAUCAGAGAGCGGAGCAACCAUCUCACCAUGGCAUAGAGAAGCCCGUCGACGGAGACAACCUGACCUGUGCCAUUUAAAUCACUGCUUCAGCCCAAACUGGAUCGAAUGAACUCCCAACUCUGGAUAAUGCAGACGAACUCAGUGGAAGAGAAGAGGCUACGGGAAACGGCCGAGCAAGUUUUGCUUUCUCAACAGGAAUCUUUUUACUCCGUCUCGCCAGACAUUUUAAUGUGGAAAAGAGAGACGAGCGAGGAAGGAUAUUUAUACCUCUUCUGUUACGACGCUCAUUGGAGACUCUCCUCCGCCCAGGCCUCUCCGCGGACAAAAGUCUGACGGAGAGAAACCUGAGAAAUGGCGGCUGUAUGCGGCUCCUGUGCCGUCUCCCACCGGCUGCAUCCAGCACGCGAGCCACAUUUCAUAUUCCUGCCACUCGCUCGCUGUGUGACUCACUAAUCAUGACAAGAAAACGAAUUCCUCGAUUUCAUGAAGGAUGUUGUUUUUGUUUGUGUUUUAUGACAAACAUAAGCAUUGUUUGUGUGAUUUAUAGCACCAUCUUAGCUAAACUCAGUACUGUGUAUCACCACUUGAAUGACCUGAAGUGAAGCUUUUUGAAAGCUUUGUAAGAUUUUGUAAACUUGUGUUAUGUCCAUAAUGUAGUGUAGCUCCUUAGAAAGUGCACAUAAGUUACAGGAGAUGUAAAGUACAGUGAAAGUGUGUGUGUGUGUGUAGGAUGUGGGCCUCAUUCUGCUGGCUGGGACGAGCCCCCACUGAGCCAUUUAAUGAAAUGACUGUCUGUUAUAUGUACCAGACGGGUGCUCACAAGUGUUAGGUCAGAGUGUGUGUGAGAGAGAGAGGGAGAGAAAGUGAGUGUGUGUGUGUGUGUCCUUUGCAUAUACCCGUGUGUGUGUGUUUGGGUGAGGUCGUCCUUUGAGAGUGCCAGUGUGUCUUAAUGUCAUGUCUUUAUAUUUCAGUGUCUAUAGCCGACAACGUGCCGCUCUUCAUACACCUGCACCAACACACUCGGAGCUCGGAGACGGAAACACUGUGGAAAAAAGCAUCACGUGCAGCACAUGUACUUUACUGUUACUACUAAUCAUAGCGAUGAUUCACAUCACCGAGAAAUCCGACAUAUACUUUGUGCUACGUAGGCAUGAAUACAGUUAAAGUAAAGACGAGGACAUUAGCAAAACCAAUAACAAUCAUUAUUUUGGAACAUUGUAAACCUCUUAAUGGCUCACAGUCCUGUAAAGUGACACAGAGCUAUGGCGAUGAGGCUCUGCAUUAAAAUGGACGGAAUUCAUUAUAUUGAAUUUUUAAAGAAAUAAUGUUUGUAUGACAUUGAUGUUAUUAACUUUUUAUCAAAAGCAAGUUUAAAACCACUGAAAGCAUCCUCCUCACUCUGUUUGAAGUAACUGAGACAAGUUGACGACGCUUAUAUAGGGAAAGUAUUUUUGACAGCAUCAGAAGAUUCUGCGUGCUGCCAGACAUUGUACAAUACUGUAUCAUGUGUAUUCAUCCAAUAUAUCUUUUGAAGAAACGCCCACUACGACUUGUGUGUCGAGACCUGUGUAAAUGUAAAACAUGCUGCUUUAAAGAGACCAAGCUCGGCAGACGUCAUCCCGUGAGGUUGGCAACUUGUGAAUAUGAAGUUUAAUGAACAACAAAGCUCUCCAGGCAGACUGCUUCAGUGCAUUUAUUAAGAAUUGCCUUUCAAUAUUUUUGUAAUGUCAUGUGACAUUUUGUACAAUGAAACUGUAAGACGUAUCGAAGAUAAAAAUGUCUUUAAUAAAAAAGAAAGAAAGAUCAAGAGCA